AUGCAGGCUACGGUGUUGGAAGACCUGCUCAAUAUACCUGAAAAUAUUACAGUUUUAUCAACACGAAAGGAAUAUGUAGCAGGAGAGCACAGUGCUCCUUUCGACACAUCUGUCAGCGGUGCCAAGGAUCUCAUAGCAGACGGUGUUGUCCUCUCAAACAGUCAGCAACAGUCUCCGGAAAUGAGAAAUCUGGAUACCACUACUAGAAACGAUCAGGACCUAAUAACUCCAGUGGAUCCUAAAAUAUUAAAGUUUUGGCUACAUGGAUACGUGACAGAAGAUAAAACAUUUUUAUUACAAGGAUUUACAUUUGGUUUUAAAAUUCCUUUCCAGGUGGCCCUCUGUACGUCUCAGUCAACCUCCCCACCCCCGGCUGUAAUAGCUGCACACACGCCUGCAGUGGCCCUCUGUACGUCUCAGUCAACCUCCCCACCCCCGGCUGUAAUAGCUGCACACACGCCUGCAGUGGCCCUCUGUACGUCUCAGUCAACCUCCCCACCCCCGGCUGUAAUAGCUGCACACACGCCUGCAGUGGCCCUCUGUACGUCUCAGUCAACCUCCCCACCCCCGGCUAUAAUAGCUGCACACACGCCUGCAGUGGCCCUCUGUACGUCUCAGUCAACCUCCCCACCCCCGGCUAUAAUAGCUGCACACACGCCUGCAGUGGCCCUCUGUACGUCUCAGUCAACCUCCCCACCCCCGGCUUUAAUAGCUGCACACUCGCCUGCAGUGGCCCUCUGUACGUCUCAGUCAACCUCCCCACCCCCGACUAUAAUAGCUGCACACACGCCUGCACUGGCGCUCUGUACGUCUCAGUCAACCUCCCCACCUCCGGCUAUGAUAGCUGCACACACGCCUGCAGUGGCCCUCUGUACGUCUCAGUCAACCUCCCCACCCCCGGCUAUAAUAGCUGCACACACGCCUGCAGUGGCCCUCUGUACCUCUCAGUCAACCUCCCCAGCCCCGACUAUAAUAGCUGCACACACGCCUGCAGUGGCCCUCUGUACGUCUCAGUCAACCUCCCCACCCCUGGCUAUAAUAGCUGCACACACGCCUGCAGUGGCCCUCUGUACGUCUCAGUCAACCUCCCCACCCCCGGCUAUAAUAGCUGCACACACGCCUGCAGUGGCCCUCUGUACGUCUCAGUCAAGCUCCCCACCCCCGGCUUUCAUAGCUGCACACUCGCCUGCAGUGGCCCUCUGUACGUCUCAGUCAACCUCCCCACCUCCGGCUAUGAAAGCUGCACACACGCCUGCAGUGGCCCUCUGUACGUCUCAGUCAACCUCCCCACCCCCGGCUAUAAUAGCUGCACACACGCCUGCAGUGGCCCUCUGUACGUCUCAGUCAACCUCCCCACCCCCGGCUAUAAUAGCUGCACACACGCCUGCAUUGGCCCUCUGUACGUCUCAGUCAACCUCCCCACCCCCGGCUAUAAUAGCUGCACACACGCCUGCAGUGGCCCUCUGUACGUCUCAGUCAACCUCCCCAGCCCCGGCUAUAAUAGCUACACACACGCCUGCAGUGACCCUCUGUACGUCUCAGUCAACCUCCCCACCCCCGGCUAUAAUAGCUGCACACACGCCUGCAGUGGCCCUCUGUACGUCUCAGUCAACCUCCCCACCCCCGGCUAUAGUAGCUGCACACUCGCCUGCAGUGGCCCUCUGUACGUCUCAGUCAACCUCCCCACCUCCGGCUAUAAUAGCUGCACACACGCCUGCAGUGGCCCUCUGUACGUCUCAGUCCACCUCCCCAUCCCCAGCUAUAAUAGCUGCACACACGCCUGCAGUGGCCCUCUGUACGUCUCAGUCAACCUCCCCACCCCCGGCUAUAAUAGCUGCACACACGCCUGCAGUGGCCCUCUGUACGUCUCAGUCAACCUCCCCACCCCCGGCUAUAAUAGCUGCACACACGCCUGCAGUGGCCCUCUGUACGUCUCAGUCAACCUCCCCACCCCCGGCUAUAAUAGCUGCACACACGCCUGCAGUGGCCCUGUGUACGUCUCAGUCAACCUCCCCACCCCCGGCUAUAAUAGCUGCACACACGCCUGCAGUGGCCUGUGUACGGUGGCUCCGUGAAAAAAAGACAUACAAAGGAAAACAAUAA